AUCCCACUCCGCUGCCUUCCGCUCGUCCCAUGCGUGCAGCUCUCUCCGCAGCGGCGCGGCACCUCGCCUGGCCGAGCGGACCCCGCCGCAGUGCCGUCCGCUUGGGACCCGGGGUCCCGAGGACCGAGUUCGCGCCCGGCAUCUGCUAAGCGAGUCCCUGCACGGGCCCGCCCUCCCCCAACUCCGGCCGUUCGGGGAUCUGGUUCGGCCCGCCCGCUGCCGGACCCGCGCCGCCCGCACACGCCCGGAGGACGCCGGGGGAACGCCGCGAGCCGCUCGGCCUCCGGCCGGCAGGGGGCGCCCGCACCCGUGCCCGCGCUCGCCGCCGCGCCGCCGCCGCUCCUGCGCAGGACCCGCUUCCCGGCCUCCACUCGCGGCAGCGGCGGCGGCGGCGGCGGCAGGCGGACACGCAGCGGGGCAGGGACGGGGCCGGGCCGCGGACGGAGACGGGGCCAGCCGGGGACCUGGGCCGGGCCGGAGCCGGGGCGCGCAGCCGGGUGGCGGCGGACGUGGGGCCGGGGCCGGGGCGCGGGCGCGGGCCCGGGCGCGCGCAUGGAGAGGCGGGCCGCGGGCGCACAGCCCCGGCGCAGGAAGCAGCCGCCGCGGCCGGCCGACUUCAAGCUGCAGGUCAUCAUCAUCGGCUCGCGUGGCGUGGGCAAGACCAGCCUCAUGGAGCGCUUCACCGACGACACUUUCUGCGAGGCCUGCAAGUCCACCGUGGGUGUUGACUUCAAAAUCAAAACCGUGGAGCUAAGAGGAAAGAAAAUCAGAUUACAGAUCUGGGACACUGCGGGCCAGGAGAGAUUCAACAGCAUCACCUCAGCCUACUACCGAAGCGCCAAGGGCAUCAUCCUCGUGUACGACAUCACCAAGAAGGAGACCUUCGACGACCUGCCCAAGUGGAUGAAGAUGAUCGAUAAGUACGCGUCCGAAGACGCCGAGCUCCUGCUGGUGGGGAACAAGCUGGACUGCGAGAUGGACCGAGAGGUCAGCCGGCAGCAGGGUGAGAAGUUCGCACAGCAGAUAACCGGGAUGCGGUUCUGUGAAGCCAGUGCCAAGGACAACUUCAACGUGGACGAGAUAUUCCUGAAGCUGGUGGACGACAUCCUGAAGAAGAUGCCGCUGGAUGUCCUGCGGAACGAGCUGUCCAACAGCAUCCUCUCGCUGCAGCCCGAGCCCGAGGUCCCACCCGAGCUGCCCCCGCCGCGGCCCCACGUGCGCUGCUGCUGAUCCAGGCGCCACCCCCGCACUACAAUCAAUUUCCACGGUUUCCUCCUGCACUUUGUAAUCUGAGUCAGAGCUACACACUAACUUGUAAAUAUGCAGAUACGCAAUCCUGGGCCAGUCCUGGCCAUCCGUUACCUGUUCCCUCCAAUCCGGUUUCAUUGAUUUCCCCGGCGGCGGCAGCAGUCCAGCCCCAGGGAGCAUAGCACUCCUUCGGAGGGGAGCAGGAAGGGCACGUGAUGCAGCUGUCCUGGUAACCAUGCGGGGAGGCCUGGAAGAUGCUCCGCCGAGAAGAGACUGCGGUGCUUUGCGUACCGUUCUAAAGAACGUGGGUAAAACUGAAGUUUGAGGACAAAGCUGUGUUAAGUGGUUCCCUUCACUGACAAGACCUCGAGCUGCCAUGGGGCCCUGCAGGCCGGGCUGGGAGGGGAGGCGGGCGACGCUCCAGGCUGCAGAGAGCCUCAGAGAUUUGGGAGGCGGUGGCCUCGUUGUGCGGUGCAGCGCUCAGUUCGGCCUGAGGGCUCCUACUCCGCCCUGUGCGCCUGGACUCUACUUGUUUUUUCCUUUGUCCGGUCCUGAGUCGAGGACUCUCUGGUAGACCUUUCAUUAAGCUGCACUGUGCUGUUUAGUCGAGGUGAACAGUUCGUGUCGGGAUGACUUGCCGUGUCUGAGUGUUGUAGGAGGAGAAGCAUCCUGGUCUUUCUACACUAAUGAAGUGCAAAUAAAGUUUUGUAUUUAUGAAUGACAA